GCCAAAACACAGUUGAACCCAAGUCAUCACCCAAGAUGGCUUUGAAAACAUAACCUUUUCAACAUGAAUUGCUGACAAAUAAUCCAUAAAGAUACACUGGGACGAUAGUUUAACCUUCCUUUUUCAGGUUGGAGAGCUUUUAAGCUCGUAAGAAUGGCUAUGGAAGGUGGAAAUCGUCGUGUUUCGCGAGUUGGUGGGCUGGUGGUUCGACCACAACCGAUUAGCGACAAGUCCUAUGUAGAGAGUGUGGUGAGCUUUCUACACGAUGUCGUGCCUCAAGUUCAGGCUGUAACUGGCAACCAGAAAACUGAGGAGAAAGAACGUGUUCUGUGGGUCAAAUUUGAAAAGCUAGACAUUGGUGAUGACGGUUUUUCAAGAGAGAGUGGUUGUGGUAAUACAAGUCCUUUGCUUCUUGUCCUUGGGUAUACCAAUGGCUUUCAAAUGUGGACAAUACCUUCUAUUGGAGAGGCAUAUGAGGUUCUAUCCCUGCGGCAAGGUCCAGUCAGACUUGUUGAAAUGCUCCAGACACCAAGAGUUAAAGGUAAAAAGGAUGAGUUUGGUGCAAGCAGGCCAUUAUUUGCUGUCUGUGAUGCUGCAAGUCCCUCUUUGCCAUUUUCCACUGUGAACUUAUGGUCCCUCAGUACUGGGGAACAAGUACAUUCUGUUGGGUUUAAAACAGAAGUGUAUAAUGUUCUCAGUAAUAAAAGGUUAAUGGUUGUUGCCCUCCAGGAAAAGGUAGCAGCAUUUGACGCCAGUACGAUGAACAGCUUAUUCUGCAUAAUGAGUUGUUUUCCGGCGCCAAGUCCAAACCUUAAUCCCCUGGCUCUGGGUGAAAGAUGGCUGGCCUAUGCUGAUUGCAAGUUGGUGCCCAACCAUCAGUCCUGUGGUGGGAUGUCAAGUGAUAAUGCCCAGUCUUACACAGCUACAGUUAUUAAUGCUGCAAAGACACUGACUAGAGGACUCACUAAGUUUGGUGAGACAGUAGGGCGAUGGACAUCUUCCUACCCUCAUGAGAUGAUGAAUGACUACACAACCCACAAAGGUAAAAUGGUUAUGCCUGGCGUGGUGACUAUUGUGGACAUUCCAAAGAUUGGCACUGGAGAGUUCUGUGUCCAGGAAGAUGAUCAUGAUGGUAAUGGUAUAGUGGCUCAUUUCCCAGCACACGCAGGACAGCCUGUCUCAGCUAUGGCCUUCGAUCCGAGCGGAUCGCUGUUAGUAACAACAGAUGUACUUGGCCAUAAUUUCCAUGUCUUUCAUGUCAUGGCUCAUCCUAUAUGUCCUUCUCUCGGUGCCGUUCAUCAUCUGUACACCUUACAUAGAGGAGACACUACAGCUACUGUGUACAACAUCUCCUUCUCGUUUGAUAGUCGAUGGAUAGCUAUUUCAACUCUUCGUGGAACUACUCACUUGUUUGCAAUCAAUCCAUACGGAGGUUCAGUUAACGUACGAACUCACAUCACAACUCGCGUAGUCAACCGCAGCAGUCGUUUCCACACAUCAGCUGGGUUGGACGACAUGGAAAUCCACACUGCAGUAACGACUGGGCGUAGUAGCCCUGGUAAUACACAGAACUCCAGUGGAUCUCCUAGUGGGAGCCCACACAACACUACCUUCAUCACAAGAGAUAAUAUCACAGUCCCCGGUGCAGGAAACAACUGCUUGAUGAAUGCCCGUCUCCCUCCCCUCCCCCAUCCAUAUGUCAUGUACCCCCUGGCUCAAAUAAGGACACCAACUGGAGUAAGAUGCGGGGGAACGUGUUGCGGGGGUCCUUCGUCUGGGAUAUCCAAAUGUAAUGGAAAACUGCCCACGGACUCUUUGGGUGUGGUCGCGCUGUUUGCUCCCUCUAGGGGAUGGCUAGGAGGGAGCGCAAACUCAUCCAGGUCAGAAGUUCAACGUCAAUCGGUGGUGGAUCCGCUGUUCAUUCUCGAUCUCCAUGGCAACUUGACUGAGUACACUCUUGAACCACAAGGGCUUAAAACUGCUUCCCAGGCCCAUGAAACACCACUUGAAUUGAUAGCCACCUCAAGGGCUCAGUGGAGCCUUGCAAGGUCCCCUGCCUGGCAGGAAAACAAAGGACCUUUGCAACCAAAUCAUCCACUUCUGGAGUCACGACCAUCACACAAGACGUCUGAUAUCAACAAAGAAGAACGUUUGCCAACCACCAUUGAGGAAGCCAAUACUACUUUGUCAAGAAUGGAAAAUCAAAAAGUUAAAAAAGAACGAGAUGACGAGUGGUUGACCAAUAUUGAAAUGGAGACACACGCAGGUCCUCAUCGGCGCCUCUGGAUGGGUCCUCAAUUCUCCUUCAAGACCUUUCAACCACCAGGGUCCUCCCCAAGUGGGUCUUCUCUGUCCCUGAAUGACCCUAAGUACUCCACUGGGGCCACAAUUACACCACAUCGCGAGGGUCACCCUUUAGACUUCUACACUGAAGAACUCGAUCUACAAAGUCUGCGGCUACAACCGGUCAAGUCGGACCCCGUCCCUACCCCCGGUGGAGAACAAGAAAGGAACUGCUUUAUUGGACAUGGUUCUCCGACCUCUGGUAGCUCCCCAUUAAUUAUCGAUAACGGACCAGGAAGCUAUAGUGAGCCUUGGCCUACGAUGACUAACGGAUCAGUUGAAGAUAAGGAAGAUCAGUUAGUCGAGACCCUACUCGACGCCAUGAAUGAUAAUGCUACCAUGCCAAUCAAAACUGAUAAGAAACGAGCCAAUGUCGAUCAGCUGGAAUUCCAUUCCGAUUCUCCAGGUGGUAGCGUUAAUGCCUUUGCAUCGUACAACUCAUCUGAUAUCAGUCCUAUCUUUCCACCUAAUGGUUCACCAGAAUGGUCUUGAUGUGUAAGUCGUGCGCAUUAUUUUAGCUCUAGAUAAUUAUAGAACGAAUUAACGACCUCUCAUAGUUAGGACUCUGAGAGUGUGCGCGCAGCUCUUGUAAGAUUACUACUUAGCGCGCGCGUAAAUGACAGAUAUCAUUAGUACAAAGAUGUCGAGGGACAGAUGGAACAGCAACUCCUUUUUCCCGCAUCUUGAGCUAUUUAGAUUGAGCGCAUAUACAAAUAGCCCUUCGUACACGUUUUAUGGGCAUAUAUUAUACAAUACAAUCAUGUUUGUAGCAUUUACAGUGUUUUUAGAUUACCAAAUAUUUCUAGAUUUUCAAAUGGAACUUUGCAUUGAAUGGUAAUGUUAAAAAGGGCUGCGCCUUCGAUUUUACUUCGUUUUACAUUAGUACUUACAUGACAUUUAAGAUAGUUACGAUUCGAGUGUAUACGGUAUUUGAAAAACGUCUUAUACGGUAUGUAACAACGUAGGCGCAUCAGAGAAUUAUCCGAUAUAUUAUCCGAAUAAACGUAUAGGGUCUACAGGUGACGAUUAUACAUGUCGGAUAUAUUAACCAUUGUCACUAAAAAAUAAACAAACGAAAAACAAUCAAAAACAAAACAAAACAAAAAAGUACUGCACGCUGGGUUGUAGUCAAAAGAAAAAGUAAUAUAAUGAAAAAAAGAAUUUUUUUUUAAAACUUAAUGGCCUGUUUUAAAGUACACUUUUUAUUCUAUGUGAGAAGUUGAUAUUAGUUUGAGAGGAAAGACUACAUGCUUGAGUUUAGUUUUGAGCUUUAUUUGAAAUUGUGAGGGGUGUUACACGACAACGGUGUAACCCUGAAUUGACUUUUUAACUCGUAAAGCACGAAGGUUAUUGGUUGAGUUGCAUUUUCUUUCCUUCCGAUUGGUUCAGAGAAAAGCAACCAUUUUCUCGUAGGUUCAGUGACGGCCAAUUAUUCAGUCUUCUGAUUGGUCCUAUGAAAACUAUUCAUUUUCUCGUCAUCUUAUUGGUUUAGUUAAACCAAUCAUUUUCUCUCCUUCUGAUUGGUUCAAUCAGAACCAAUCAAUGAGCCUCACUUUUCCCGUCCAUACAAAAACCAAAAGAGAAAAUUCUAAAAUCGGGGUCAUUUUAAAAAGGUAAUAUUAAGUUUUUUCAAUGGAAAUUUUAGGAGCAACGUACUGGAAAAAUUUUGACAGGCAUAACACUAGUCUAAUUUAUUUCACACAACUUUUACUUCAACUUCAUACAAAUUGAAUUAUUUAACGGGUUGCAGGAUAUCAAUCUAUUUUUAAUACUGUAGUUUUAAUGUACUAUAUAAACUAUAUAAACACGUGGAUGCUAUAUAGUAGUAUUGACUUUUAAGUAAGAGUGACAGUCGCCAUAUUGGAUGACGUAAACAAAUAUGUUUUUCAUGUCAUUCAACAUGGCUGUCUUCUGUCCUCUCAUUCUCUUUGAAAUGCAAGGAACCGAAGGAUAGCAGUUUUUACAUGAGUGGGAUACCGCGACAUUAAAAUGGCUUCAUUAACCAAGCACUGUGAUUGGAUGGAGCACAUUCCCACAUUUUUUGAUUGUCUCAGACUGGAAGUCUUAUACUUGGGUCACGAAACUGUACUAUUCCCACUCGUACAGAAUCUGCACGAAUGUUAAUUUGGUUCGCAUCUGAAACAAAAAACAUUUCACAAAAGUAGCCUAAAAAUUUUAAAAGGACAAAUUUUAAGAGAAAAAUAUUCAGGUUUAAUUUACAGGAUGAUAUUUACGAGCAUUGACCUUGCCAUCGAUAAGCUAGAGAUCUGUGUGAUAGUUGGCUGGCAUAUUGUCUCUUGCACGUGUUUUGGCGCUACGCAUCCUGGGAUGUUUUGAGGGUAUUUGACCCUAAAGCGUGUGAUUAUGAGUGUGAUUACGGUGAUUAUUAGAUUUGGUAUGCAUCUAUAAAACAAAAACGCUCGAAGCACUAUUUUAGGAAACAAACACCCACAACUAAUAGGGGAAAAUAUGGAAUUAAUACGACAGAAAUAAUACGAAACAAACGCAAAUAUGUUGACUUGGCAUGAUAUCAAGUUAUUAUCGAGCUUCAGGUCAUUGUAACAAAUAUCAUCUAAAUAAUGUAAAAAUACUUCAGAUAAUAUAAAGAACUUUGAAAAAGGGUUAAAAAUUGAGGAAAAAAGAAAAACAAAUCCUGAUAUUGAACAGACUUUGCCCUAAUUGACUGUUUUAUAGAUGUAUGAAAUGGUUGUGUUACAAAUAAACUUCCCUUUGGAAACCAU